AUGCCAGACUUGAACUUCUUAAUAUUCAAAGCCAUAGACAAAGCGGGUUUGACUCCUUCUACCUUGUUGAGAACUUCACUGAUUUUUGUACUUGAAGAUUCCGUAACUAAAAACUCAAGUCAAUUUCAGAAGGACCUUGGGUUACUUUACCACAAUGGUUAUGCUUAUGUUCAUGGUGGGAGCCCUUCAGUUCCCAUAAUAUCUGUGGUGAUUUUUGUUGUGAUUGAUGAUAAGGCUGAGGGCAAGAAGAAGAGGCCAACUGAGAGAAUUUGGAUGCUAAACUAUCAUUGUUCUUGUAAUCUUUUGGGUAUAUUUGAGGGGGCUUUGAAGGGUGAUGUAUCCUUUUUUUCUUCAGAUUUCUCCCUCAUCUUGAUUUUUCCAGGAAGGAGGGACGUUGAACGUGAUGAAAGCAUCUGCAAGAUACGACAAACAUUCGAUCUCAUUAUGCUCCAAGUAAGGGGACUUAUUAGUAAAAAUGGGUUUUUCGAUUGCUGACCACUUGCCUCCUGUGAUCGGAUAUAAGGAUAUGGGGACAGGGGGAGGGCAGACUUUUUAAACAAUAUGAUAAGUCAUUGUAGUACAUUAUCAACCAUUUCUAUGUUUUGAGUUUUGAGUUAUAUUUGAACUUAGAUCACUUAUAUAUGGGAAUGUUUACCAUGUACUCCUGACAACCAACUAG